AUGAAACCCACGGCCUCUCUCCAGAAGAUGCUGCGGCGCCUGCCGCUUUCACCCAAACAAGCCGGCAAGGAAUACUACAAGGGAAACCGCGUGGGAUCCAUGGGCACAAUCAACCGAUACGGAAACUUCACACCCGACUGGAGCAAGAUACGGACAUAUGUGUACCCACUUCAUGGCACACAUAACAUUGAGUUGACACCCUUCGUAGACUCCAGUCUAGAAAAGGUGCGAGGACUCGACGUCGGCAAGGCAGAGAACUACGAAAAGCGAUUCACCGGCGAAGACUAUUUGAGGGCGUGGAAAUUGGCUGGUGGACAUGAUCUCGUCGAGACAGGGAGUGAAGCGGUAGCCUCAGGCAGGAAUAUACCGACACCAUUCGAGGAGAGACCUGCAACGAAGUCAUGA